AUGGUCUAUCAAGAGACGAGACCAUUAAUAAGGUUAACAGCAGUACUCGCCCAGCGUCUAGAUGGACUUCCACUAGCAAUUGUGAUCGCGGCAGCAUUUAUGCGCCAGACUGGCACUAGCAUUACUUACGCUGAGCGUCAGUAUACACAAGGCAACAUAUUACAGACAUGGAUGAUCUCGUACAAUGAGAUCCAGAAACGGGACCCGAACGCCACAAAUCUGCUUCUCCUACUUGCCCGCUUUGAUAAUCGAGACAUUUGGUAUGAGUUGGUUGAAAAUGCUUCUCAUAGCUCCGAUAUCCCAGACUGGCUCAAAAGAGUUAUAUCAAGUAGACUUGCAUUCAAACUUAGCGUAAAGCCCCUUAUGGAAUUUUCUCUUCUUGAGAUAAAGCAACAAGAAGGAAGCUAUGCGAUGCAUCCUGUAGUACAGGAUUGGUGCUUCUACGUUGCCAGCGGGGAUAUAAAUUACAAUUCUGUCAAGCUCUCUGAACUAGGCUUGAUAUGCGUUGGAUAUAGUGUCCCUGGUGUUGAUAACGGGAACUAUGUAGAGCUACAGCAACAGCUUAUUCCACACGCAAAUGCUGUUCGUAUUGGGCAAAUCUCUGCUGACGACAUUGCUAUUUGGGGCGGACUUUAUGGAUUAGGGAAUCUCUACUCUGAUCAAGGGAAGCUAAGAGAGGCAGAAGAAAUGUACCAGCGAGCACUGGCAGGCUAUGAGAAGGCCGUCGGUCCAGAUCAUACAUCCACUCUCAAUACCGUUAACAGCCUUGGCAAUCUCUACUUUCAUCAAGGGAAGCUGAAAGAGGCAGAAGAGAUGUACCAGCGAGCACUGACAGGCUUUGAGAAGGCCCUCGGUCCAGAUCAUAUAUCUACUCUCAAUACCGUCAACAACCUUGGCAGUCUCUACUCUGAUCAAGGGAAGCUGAAAGAGGCAGAAGAGAUGUUCCAGCGAGCACUGACAGGCAAGGAGAAGGCUCUCGGCCCAGAUCAUACAUCCACUCUUAAUACCGUCCACAACCUUGGCAUUCUCUACUUUAAUCAAGGGAAGCUGAAAGAGGCAGAAGAGAUGUACCAGCGAGCACUGACAGGCAAGGAGAAGGCCCUCGGUCCAGACCAUACAUCCACUCUCGAUACCGUCAACAACCUUGGCAGUCUCUAUAAAGAUCAAGGGAAGCUGAAAGACGCAGAAAAGAUGUACCAGCGAGCACUGGCAGGCAAGGAGAAGGCCCUCGGUCCAGAUCAUACAUCCACUCUUGAUACCGUCAACAACCUUGGCAGACUCUACUCGGAUCAAGGGAAGCUGAAAGACCCAGAGGAUCUGUGGCAGGGAGGAUCGCUAGACAGUCAGGAUGUCGCAAAACUCAAUGCUAACAAGGGACGGCGGGCUAUGGAGAAAAUCAAACGAUGGCUCAGAUGA